UCGGCGCGCGUAUUGGCCCCCUGGACUGAGGGCCGGUGAGGCUGCGCGCCCUUCUCGGAGCCGCUCGCUGUAGACCGAGUCCGGUUCCCCAGCCGCAGCCGCCGUCACCGCCGCCCGCGAAGCCGCCUACGCCGCCGCCGCCUCCGCCCCGCGACGACCGCCGCCGCCCCUGCCCUGCCGCCGCCGCCUCGGGACCGGCUGUAUGAUUAGGCCACAAUCUUCAAUGAGUAGACAUAUUCCUCAGUUCUGUGGUGUUCUUGGUCACACAUUUAUGGAGUUUCUGAAGGGCAGUGGAGAUUACUGCCAGGCACAGCACGACCUCUAUGCAGACAAGUGAACUGUAGAAAUUCAUUACUACUCCACCAAGAAGCCCCCAUAAGAGUGGUGAACCUGGACACAGAGGUGUUGAAUUGAAAUCCACAGAGCAUUUUUCACAAGAGUUCUGACCUGGAUGGGGUAAACCUCAGUGCACUUCCUUUCUCUUGCCUCAGUAUUACUAGAUUGAAGAAUUGCUGCUUCUUGUCAGGAGGUUCAUUUCAUUUCCCAUUACUCCCAACUUCAUACUCAGAAGCACUGAGAAUUUCAAGUGGAGUGUAUUGAAGUAGACUCAGUUUCUUUGCAUCAUUUCUGUAUUCAGUCUUUUAAAUUCUUUCAUAACCCUAUUGAGUGUUUUUUAACUAAAUUAACAUGGCUCGAAUGAACCGCCCAGCUCCUGUGGAAAUCACUUACAAGAACAUGAGAUUUCUUAUUACACACAAUCCAACUAAUGCGACCUUAAACAAAUUUAUAGAGGAACUUAAGAAGUAUGGAGUUACCACAAUAGUAAGAGUAUGUGAAGCAACUUACGACACUAGUCUUGUGGAGAAAGAAGGCAUCCAUGUUCUCGAUUGGCCUUUUGAUGAUGGCGCACCACCAUCUAACCAGAUUGUUGAUGAUUGGUUAAGUCUUGUGAAAAUUAAGUUUCGUGAAGACCCUGGUUGUUGUAUUGCCGUUCAUUGUGUUGCGGGCCUUGGGAGAGCUCCAGUGCUUGUCGCCCUAGCGUUAAUUGAAGGUGGAAUGAAAUACGAAGAUGCCGUACAGUUCAUAAGACAAAAGCGACGUGGAGCUUUUAACAGCAAGCAACUUUUGUAUUUGGAGAAGUAUCGUCCUAAAAUGCGGCUGCGCUUCAAAGACUCUAAUGGUCAUAGAAACAACUGUUGCAUUCAGUAAAACUGGGGUGCUUGAUGCCAUUGCUUGGAAGUGGAACCUAGGCAGGAUGGGAUUUGUCAUACCUGUUAGCCAGCACGUUGGCUUGGUGAAGUCUGAUGAAGCUUCCAUAGGAGUGUUGAAACGCAGUUUUACCAGGCCACAAGCCUGGCAGAAUUGCAGCCUCUAUGUUUGGGUUAUGAUCAACCUACUUGGACACUUAGCAAAGGAUUCUUGCUGUUCAGCAUUUAAAAUGUGCUUAUCGUUUGUACCAAUUGACUUUUCCUGAAAUCAUGUAGUAUGGAGUCAUUCAUGUCUUUAAAAAUCUGUUUCCAUGCCAGAUUCCUAUCAGUAUAUAAGAAAUUUAGAAAGACUAGGUGCCAAAAUACCCAGCACAAUUCUUGUUACUUUUAGUAUCGAACUAAAAUCCCAGGAACUAUGAAAACUCUGGACCUUAUGUGUUUUAUUCUUUCCAUCAUUUCAAACAUAGAAAGUAGGGCCUAUAAGGUUAUUUGCUCACAGUAUGUUUACAUCUUCCACAUUCAUACCAGUAUACAUCAGAUUUGCUCGUUUGGUUUUUUUUCAUUAACCAAGUCUUACCAGUGAUUAUUUAAUGUCUUUCUAUAAAUCUCAUUUUGUGCUGUCAUGGAAGACCUCCGUUUUGAAAAUCUACAUUGUACAGAAGCACAUGUCUUUAAUGUCUCCAGACAAAAAAGCCUUACAGUUAAUUUUAAUGUUUGCACUUCGGGGUGCAACUUACAGGGAGGGCCUGAAAAAGGAAUGGGAGGGGGCUAUUAAGUAUUUUUAGUAAAAUGUUGCCUUUGUCUUGUGCAGAACAUGUAGAAUAUGCGCUUUAAUUUAGUAAAUAUUUUUUUAAAAUGUAGAAAUACUUUGUUAUUGUAGCUAAAACAAUUCUUAAUCAUAAAAUUUCUGAAAUUCUUGUAAUUUUUUUUCAAACUUAUCUGAAGUUGUUUACCAACUUAUUUUUGUUUGAAGUGUGAUUCCCAACCUCUUGCAAAAAAAAAGUGGGUUUCUGCUAAUGAAUUGAGCAGACAUUUAAUAUUUUAUAUGCCUUUUGAGCUGUGUAACUUAAUAUUUGGAUACUUGACAAUUUGUUUUAUUAUGUGAUUGAUAAAAUGGUGAUGUGUAUUAACGUCAGCUCAACCAUAUAUUUAUACUGUCCGGGAACACGUGGUUAUAGUUCUGUGGGAGAAAUAAUUUGUCAGUGUUCACCAGCUUGUAAAAAUCUAGUGCGAGAGCUUAAACAUUAAAUAAAUGAUGAAAUGCAUUUAUCGUCA